AGACACUGAUUUAAACUGGCAAUAUUUUUUGACAGCUUUGACAAUCCAUUUUUGACGUUUUUGACGUUCUUUUCAUGUUGUUGUAGAGUGCUUGCGGACGUUUGGCCAUAUUAAAUUCGCCGAAAUGUCGCUCGUAAUUCCGGACAAGUUUCAACAUAUUCUUCGUAUUAUGAAUACGAACAUCGAUGGCAAACGUAAAGUUAUGUUUGCCAUGACGGCCAUCAAGGGAGUAGGCCGCAGAUAUUCGAACAUCGUCCUGAAGAAGGCCGACAUUGACCUGGACAAGCGUGCUGGAGAAUGCACCGAGGAGGAGGUAGAAAAGAUCAUCACUAUCAUGUCCAACCCAAGGCAGUACAAAAUCCCCGACUGGUUCUUGAACAGACAGAAGGACAUUGUUGACGGAAAGUACAGCCAGCUGACCUCCUCCAACUUGGACUCGAAGCUCCGUGAAGAUUUGGAGAGGCUGAAGAAGAUCCGUGCCCACAGGGGCAUGCGUCACUACUGGGGCCUGCGUGUGCGCGGUCAACACACCAAGACCACCGGCAGGAGAGGACGUACUGUUGGUGUGUCCAAGAAGAAGUAAACUAUAAAAUAAAUAUAAUAUUUCUCCAA